AUGUCAUCAUCAAGAUCUGGACGACAUGGCCACGGAAGCUCUCGCAGUGGCAGACAAUCCUCGGUUCAGCAACUUAUCGAGUCGCUCCGUACGCACAGGGUAAACACGCUCACCGAACUCUGCCGAAUCGAAAGAGUGGCUGCAAGCUGCGAGAACGAAGAAGAUGCCCAAGCAUUCCAGGCGCCUAUGACUUCUGCGUGGGACUACUAUGUCAACAGCAACCAGUUCCUCACGGAGCUAAGAGGCUUAACGCGAAAUUAUCCCAUUUCAGGGGAUCUGGUCAACCAGGCACAUUAUCUGGUUACGAAUGACCCAAACUCGAACCGUAGCUGGAACUUGGCGUGGCUCUGUCUUAUCAAGAUCCGUGACGAGGGCCUGAUUCCUACCUAUGCACAGGCAGAUGCCUGGCGAAGAGAGAUGUGGGGUGGCCGUGACCCUACACAGGAAGAGGCCGAUCAACUCGCCCAAUGCUUUGAGUAUGAGUGGACUCAGGCAGUUGAGAACAUGUUACGACAUUGGCCUUCAUCCCCAACUUGGUACUAA